AUGUGUUUUUGCUUUGCUCUCAAGCUCCAUAGUGGUGUAGCUACAAAACUGUGCACAGUGUUCUUCCGUCACAGUGUUCUUCCGUCGCAGUGUUCUUCCGUCAGUGUUCUUCCGUCGCAGUGUUCUUCCGUCGCAGUGUUCUUCUGUCGCAGUGUUCUUCCGUCGCAGUGUUCUUCCGUCACAGUGUUCUUCCGUCACAGUGUUCUUCCGUCGCAGUGUUCUUCCGUCGCAGUGUUCUUCCGUCAGUGUUCUUCCGUCACAGUGUUCUUCCGUCAGUGUUCUUCCGUCACAGUGUUCUUCCGUCACAGUGUUCUUCCGUCACAGUGUUCUUCCGUCACAGUGUUCUUCCGUCAGUGUUCUUCCGUCAGUGUUCUUUCGUCGCAGUGUUCUUCCGUCACAGUGUUCUUCCGUCGCAGUGUUCUUCCGUCACAGUGUUCUUCCGUCGCAGUGUUCUUCCGUCGCAGUGUUCUUCCAUCACAGUGUUCUUCCGUCGCAGUGUUCUUCCGUCACAGUGUUCUUCCGUCAGUGUUCUUCCGUCAGUGUUCUUUCGUCACAGUGUUCUUCCGUCACAGUGUUCUUCCGUCACAGUGUUCUUCCGUCACAGUGUUCUUCCGUCGCAGUGUUCUUCCGUCGCAGUGUUCUUCCGUCACAGUGUUCUUCCGUCGCAGUGUUCUUCCGUCACAGUGUUCUUCCGUCACAGUGUUCUUCCGUCACAGUGUUCUUCAGUCGCAGUGUUCUUCCGUCACAGUGUUCUUCCGUCACAGUGUUCUUCCGUCACAGUGUUCUUCCGUCACAGUGUUCUUCCGUCAGUGUUCUUCAGUCACAGUGUUCUUCCGUCACAGUGUUCUUCCGUCACAGUGUUCUUCAGUCGCAGUGUUCUUCCGUCACAGUGUUCUUCCGUCACAGUGUUCUUCCGUCACAGUGUUCUUCCGUCACAGUGUUCUUCCGUCAGUGUUCUUCAGUCACAGUGUUCUUCCGUCGCAGUGUUCUUCCGUCACAGUGUUCUUCCGUCGCAGUGUUCUUCCGUCGCAGUGUUCUUCCGUCACAGUGUUCUUCCGUCGCAGUGUUCUUCAGUCGCAGUGUUCUUCAGUCACAGUGUUCUUCCGUCACAGUGUUCUUCCGUCACAGUGUUCUUCCGUCACAGUGUUCUUCAGUCGCAGUGUUCUUCCGUCACAGUGUUCUUCCGUCACAGUGUUCUUCCGUCACAGUGUUCUUCCGUCACAGUGUUCUUCCGUCAGUGUUCUUCAGUCACAGUGUUCUUCCGUCACAGUGUUCUUCCGUCACAGUGUUCUUCAGUCGCAGUGUUCUUCCGUCACAGUGUUCUUCCGUCACAGUGUUCUUCCGUCACAGUGUUCUUCCGUCACAGUGUUCUUCCGUCAGUGUUCUUCAGUCACAGUGUUCUUCCGUCGCAGUGUUCUUCCGUCACAGUGUUCUUCCGUCGCAGUGUUCUUCCGUCGCAGUGUUCUUCCGUCGCAGUGUUCUUCCGUCACAGUGUUCUUCCGUCGCAGUGUUCUUCAGUCGCAGUGUUCUUCAGUCACAGUGUUCUUCCGUCGCAGUGUUCUUCCGUCGCAGUGUUCUUCCGUCACAGUGUUCUUCCGUCACAGUGUUCUUCCGUCACAGUGUUCUUCAGUCGCAGUGUUCUUCAGUCACAGUGUUCUUCCGUCAGUGUUCUUCAGUCACAGUGUUCUUCCGUCGCAGUGUUCUUCCGUCACAGUGUUCUUCCGUCGCAGUGUUCUUCCGUCAGUGUUCUUCCGUCACAGUGUUCUUCAGGGCUGGGUGUGGGUGCAGGGGCUGGGUGUGGGUGUGGGUGCAGGGGCUGGGUGCGGCGCAAAAGCAGGGGCCUAA